AUGUCCUUCAGCCCGAAGCUCUGCAGCCGCUUCUCCGUCAGCGACCUCCUGAGCCCGAUGGAGGACCCCAGCUACCGGAGGCUCGGGGGGCUGGAGCCCGCCUACCGGCCGCAGCACGUCUCCCAGCCCGGUACGCAGCAGCAGCAUCCUCCUCAUCUCCACCACCAUCACCACCACCACCAUCACCACCACAUGUCCUCCCCAUCUUCAUCCUCCUCCUCCUCCUCCUCUUCCUCAGCCUCGGCCUCCACCGCUGCAGCCGCCCUGGGACCCGGCGGGCCCUACCACGUCACCCACCACGUGCCCCACGGGGGGUCGCAGUUCCCCGGGCCCGUGGGGGGAUUCUGUAACGGGGGUCUCGGGACCGAGCUGCCGGCCUACCAGGACCCGGUGCGUGGGGGGGGAGCGGCGGCGUGGUACGGGAACCCGGAGCCGAGAUACCCGACAAUCUCCCGGUUCAUGGGCCCGUCCUGCGGGAUGAGCCUGCCCGGGAUGGGGGGCUCGCUCUCCGGGAUGGGGGGCUCGCUCUCCGGGAUGGACCCCCCCGGAAGCAAGGCGCUGCACGCGGGCCCUCGCAGGAAGCGGCGCGUGCUCUUCUCGCAGGUCCAGGUCCUGGAGCUCGAGCGGAUCUUCAAGCAGCAGAAGUAUCUCUCGGCCCCGGAGCGCGACCACCUGGCCGGACUCAUCCACCUCAGCGCCAACCAGGUGAAGAUCUGGUUCCAGAACCACCGCUACAAGCUCAAGCGACAGUCCAAGGACAAGACCCCGGCCCCGGCCCCCGGAGGAGGGGCAGGAGGAGCCGGUCUGUCCCGGUCCUCCUCCUCCGGGUCUCCGGUUCUCUCCAAGACCGGGAAGAGCUCCAGCCUGCCCGGGGACCGGCACCGCAGCUCGGGGGACGGGGUGACACCGACCCCGCUGCAGCAGCAGGUGAACCACAUGUCGUCCCCGGAGGAGCUGGAGGACUUGUCCCCCUUGUCCUCCAGUCCUCCGAUGGGACUUCAUGCGCAGAUGAACAUGACGCAAACGGACGCGGCGCUCAUUGAAUACAGCAACAGCAUGAUGGGCUCCAGCCUGCUGUACGGGAGGACAUGGUAG